GCGUCAAGUGAGUGGGUUGUAGCAGCUAGCAUAGGGAGUGAUAUUCUGACUUGGCUGUGAGUGCCAGUGAGGGGAGACUAUUUUGAUCUUCCGAGUGAUCUCGCUGUUCUAUUCACCGACAUCCUGGAGGACGUGCGUUACGGAGCCGGGGCAUCGCCCUGCAAUGCAAUGGAAGCUCCUCAUCUAUACGACUCAGCUGAGUAUAAGAAAAUGACAGCGGCAGGCCUGAAAAUAAAGGGAUCGUUGUCACUGUUUUCGGACGAGUACGGAGAUUUGAGCGAAUUUAACACAUCCGAGAUCUCUUUAAAUCUCAAUAACCUCAUCGAUGAUACCAAUUUCAGUGAUGCUCAUUUUAACGAAGGCCUGAUCAGUGAUUUACAAAGUCUAAAUGUUGAUAAAGGUGCAUCACCUGUAGGCCAGCAGUUGAACAACAAUGGAUUAAAUCAGAUGGCACCCAGAGGAUUGUCGGCGAACCCAAUUAACGGCAACGUCAACAUGCACCCAAAUAUGUACAAUAAUACAUACUUGCCUCAACCCAUCCACAACCCCAAUCAGUACGAGCGCCACUAUCACCAAGACCAAAGAAAUAUUAAGGAAGAGCCUCGUGACCAGACGGCGCAGGACUACGCUGCCUGCGCUCGUGUCGCCUAUGCCAACAAUAACGGCUACGGUGGGGGACUAGUUCCUUACGCGCCCAUGACGCCCGUCACGUUGCCAGGCCCUGAUCUCCUUAAGUCUCCUCUCAAGUCCCCUGGUUGUCUAAGCUUGUCCAAGAACCUAAAGAAGAACGUCGCGCCUGGCACAGAAGAGUACCGGAGAAGAAGGGAGCGCAAUAAUAUCGCUGUCAGGAAGAGCAGAGAGAAAGCUAAAGCACGAUCACGGGACACGGAGGAGAGAGUAAAGGCACUGAGUCGAGAGAACGAGAAGUUACAUCGGAAGUGUGAGCUGCUGUCAAAGGAGGUGACAGUUCUUCACUCAGUCUUCUCACAAUAUCUGCCUGAACACGUGCACAGAGAAGUACGCAAACAAAUGGACUCCUUCCAACAGGAACACCAGAACUUACUUACCAUGUGAAACUCUUCCCCCCCGCCUCACGUGAUGGAUAAGGCGGGUGGGAUGAUACAAUCGCUCACUCCAUCACCUUCUCAUGAAAAUAAUCCUCUCCUUGAUAAUUAUAACGCACCUCCUCAAGCUCAUUCUGAAAUGGAUGACAUGUACGACUCGUCAUCCGAUAUGAACAACCCUGAAGUCCUAAGUCCUGAAGAGCGCCUCCCAUAUUCCGCUGGCGGAUGGGUAGAGCCGGGACCAAGUUUGGCAAAUGUCGGAGCUAAUCAGUAUGAUCCUAAUUUGAGCUGCAGUUCAGAUCUGCCUUUUAUUGGCUAUAAUCAUUCAAAUUCAGCUCAUUCUCCUUACAAUCCUGGGGCUGGUCUCCACAAUAGUGGCGUUGCUUGGCACAUUCCUAAGCCCACUUCGCACCCCUUUAAAUUUUAAUGUUUGUUAGUUCAAUCGCCCCUUGACCUCACAUUUCACUCAAAUACGAUUUUAUUCUUUAAGAGUUUGUAUUCGUGGCACCAGAUACAUCUUGAACGUGAUCACUGGAACCAAAUAGUAACAAUUUUACUUAAUUUACCGUGAAUCUUUCAUCUCGCUUGCUCUAUGUUGUAAUGGUCUAUAAAUGAUCUCAUUGAAAGUGAUCAUUCAUUUAUCAGCUUUGACCCUUUCUUUUCAUUCCAUUUCUCCUUGUAAUAAAUAAUACGGAAAAUAAAACUUCCUAGCAGGAAUACUCUUCUUUAAAUUCGCUCAUGUUCGUUAUUUUCCUACAUCACUCAUUUAAUUGUACUGAUAUUAUUUUAAUCGAAGGUCUCAUCGUUAGUGCGAGUCAAUCAUUCGCCGCAAGUAAGACCUCGAUGUCAGCCGUCGCUCCAGUCAUAGUUUCAGGUCUGAUAAGAGUUUCAAGGAAUCAACGUCCAUUUAUUUAUUUCAAAUCAUUUAGUUUUGUAGAAUUUGGAUCUUUAAAUUCCUCGCUUGAGUUGUUUACAUAAAGAGGUAUCCUCGUACAACUUAUGACUUCUUGUGCAAAGUCAAGCAAAUCACUGGUUUACUCUACUCAUUAUAUGCUUUGGUUACCGUAGAAUAUAUUUGUAUUUCGAGGCUUCUCUCCCCUUUAGCUGCUUUAUAUCAUUUCCAAAAUCUCGGGGCUUGGUAAAUCGGGGCGUCAUUGUCUAGAUAAUUAAAUCCAUUACUUUAACGCUGCUAAAUUAUUCUCGUAAUUUUUCCAUAACAUCCAAAUCGAAGACUAUGUCUUAGCGAAAAAUUACCUGUUAAAUUAAGCAAGUUUACUGAUUUUAAUAAAAUGUUAUUGUAUCCACUUCUGUACUUUAUGUUUUAUUUUAUUUAUUAAGGAUCUCGUGUUGAAAAGUAGCUUCCCUACUUGGUAUAGCGCAGCGACCUCUAGUUUCCAAUGACUGGCUGCUAAACACAAGUAUUGUCGCCUUAUUGCUUAUGGCCGCGUGAAAAAUAACGCUUAAAGCAGCUCCAUGCCAAGCGCAUAAAGUAAUCACGAGGAAUAAUUCCAGCCUUCAUUAUAGAUUAAGAACGUCUUUUAUGAAGGCUCGCGUUCUAGGCGAAGUAGGCCUCGUGAUGCCUGUUAAAUUUUGUUCUGAGGGCUGUGCAGGCUUCUUUUGUUGUAGAUGUAAUUAUGGUUGUGUGUACAUUGUGCUCAGAAAACUAUUUUGUUCUAUUUUACGAUGCGUUAAGAAUUUACACAUAAUUCAAUGCUUCUGAAUUAUAAAAGUUAAAGUUCCACAUUUAUUUGAAUUUUUAAUAACUCUUUUGCCUUAUUUGCGGAUGAAGGGUUUUAAUUGUGACUUGCAGCUUCUGAGAGCAGCUUGGGAUCGUGUUUGACAAAUUGAAAGUGAUGAUUUUAUGUAUAUUAUUUCACUAUUAUUUGUUUUAUUUGUGACUUUUCAUCUUGAACUUCGGUCAUAAGAACAUGUGCACAGUCUUCAUAGUUCUUUCAGAAGUGCUCUACCAAACGAAGUGACGUAGAACGCUAUUUAUAUACCUCCUGACUUUGUACAUAAUGCCUCGGUAGCUCUUCUUUUUAAUUAAAUAUUGAACUUUUUUUAAGUAGAGAUAUUUUGCUAGAAUAUUAUUACGUUGGUCGAUAUUUGGAACAGCAUUCACGGUUAGAAUCAUAGACGGAAUCAUUAAAUGUGGUGCCCCGUACCUGAUAGGCUUUUAUUGGAACAUUUUCUUAUUUUCCUGCUUGAAGAAUGUUGAAUUAAAUUUUAACAACAACAUAUCUAAAAAUUUUUGCCUCAUUCUUCGAAUCCUGAAUGUAAUUUUGAUGUCUUCCGAUGAUAACAAAUGUGAACAUAGCCAGGACGGCUGGCGCCUACAAUAAUAAUGUGUACAGGUGCCGUUUUAGUUGUUAAUCUCAUUGCACUUUAUUAUAGAUUUGCUAGGUUAAUUAUUAAUUAAUUAAUUUCUUAAUUAAUUAAUAACUAACCUAGUUAAUUACUCUAGGGUAACUGUAAUUCGUGCUUAUUUGUACUGACUCGCAGACGGGUUAGCAAAAUCAUUGUAUUAAAGCGCCCAAUUUCGGAUGCGUUUGUUGCAUGCUACGUUCAAACUACGAUUAAAAGGCGGUAAAUGAAGAUAAUAUUAUCUCUGAGACUUUUUUAAUAAAAUUUAUUGAAAAAGUUCCAGAGAUGAUCACUGAAGAACAAAUGUAUUAUUAUUUCUACUUUAAAAUGCCGCAUUGCACUUAAGCUUUACGAUCUUACCACCUUCUCAUUCUCUUUCUCUCACAAGAGAAACUCGAAUGGACGUAAAAUUUUAUUAUGAAAUAACCAAUGGAAUAACUAAGAUCUAAUGCAUAUUUAAUUAUAUUGUAGUUUGGCCUGGAGGUCACUUCUAAGAUACGUACAGAAGGAUGCGUCAAAGAGAUGUCAUCAGAAAUAUAUUCCUACUACAUGAGCGCAACGAUAACACCUCCAGAUUGUGCGCCAAAGCUGUUGUUCUGUACAAAUGUGUUAUGUCCCAAUGUUACAAUGGCCUUAGCAAGAUUCCAUUUUAUUAUUAUCGUCUGUUAUAAAAUCAAAGUAAUUUUUGUACUGAUGUUUACCAAGAGUAGGCAUAAAUAUGUUAUGAU